AUGAGCGGUUUCGAUUCUGUGGGCACGCUGCUGGCUGACAUUGCAAAUCGUCUUCUUGAAGGACUGCGCAUAUUUAGUCUCGCCGACAAGAGGCAUUGGCGUCAGGACGAGUACGAACAGGUCAAGGCACUGGAGGAAGCUCUGAACGAGGCCAAGAAGGACUUCCAGGAGCUAUGUCCGUUAGUCAACGGACAAUCUCAAUACGAGCAUGAUCGAAAAUACGAGACGAUGCAAGAGCUGAGGCUCCUUCGCGACAAGUUUCGUGCUCAUGUUCAGCUCCUUAGGGACUGGAGUCGAUCGGGCGGACCAAUUGACCCUGUGUGGGUACGAGAAACUCAUUCUCUUCAGCGAGAAUUACACCGAGCACAGUGCCGAGCAGCCAGGCGCGUGUUUACAUCCUCUCAGGAGUCCUCGCAAAGAUGUCUGGGCGCUUUUCUGGUACGGCGCACUCAGGCGAAGGUUGCAGUCCAGCCGAAUCGGCAAGUGUCAGAGGCCGACUAUCAAAGGCGCCAGUUGGAAGAGCUAGGUGCAUGCACAAAAAUCGGAUCGUUUGAUCGAUUCGGGGAGGAGGACAUGGUUUUUAUUUGCGACUUUUGCGACGGCCACUUGAUAUGGGAGGAUCUCGAAAACGUCCCGAACGAACGAACAGCUGCAUCUUUGCCGAGACGGCAAGGAAAUAGCCAGCAUUGGCAAGCUACCGGCACAAGUUCAUCGGGCCCACAAGAGAAGCUGGUGAUAUUCCCGCCGAUAGCAGUUGCCAACCAUUUGGCCCCGUUGCACGGCGACUGGCAGGCAAGACUACUGUGUCCUUUUUGUGAAGACGAAGCCAAAAAGCCGCAGGACGAGGAUGAUGAGGAAGAAUUGUACAAGCCGAAUGACGAGUUUGAAGAUGUAGCAUCGUUACAGGAACACAUGGAGUGGCAACACGUCGAGGUUGUUGUUCCCAGUGGGCAACAGUCAGGUAACUGCACCGUCAUGUAG